UUGCACAUCCGAGGCUCCUCCUAAACCUAAACCUAAUCAUCAUCAUUACCAUAACAGUUUUUCCUCCGUGGACAAUAUUGCCCCCACUUACCCUUCCCUCUACCCUCCUAUAGACGACCAGUUAUCGAAUAUGCGUUUGUCCGAUAGUCAAAACAAGCCCUCUGUAUCACCUUCCCCACAAAAGUUCCACUCGGGACCGUUGCCUAUGACUAACAAACCUAACGACGCCGAGAGUUUAUAUGGUUAUCGUAACUCGUUUUCGAGCUGGGAGACUGCUAAUUCGGGCAAGGUGGGUCCCGUUUCUUCGUCGCCAAAUGCAGCCGCGCACGCUACUAUUCAAUACAGUGAUAUGCAGCUCGUGCACGUUUCGUCUCCUAAAACUUCGUUGAAGGUUCUGCUCCUGCAUGGCAACUUGGAUAUUUUGGUGCACGAAGCGAAAAACCUCCCCAACAUGGAUAUGUUCCACAAAACAAUCGGCGACAUGUUCAACAAAUUGCCUGGCAAUGUGAGCAGCAAGAUCGAAGGGCAGAUAAACCGUAAGAUCACGAGCGAUCCUUACGUAUCUAUAGUUAUUACAGGCGCCACUCUCGGACGAACUUAUGUAAUAAGCAACGACGAGAACCCCGUUUGGAUGCAGAAAUUUGUCGUCCCGGUUGCUCAUCAUGCAGCGGAAGUGAACUUUGUUGUGAAGGAUAACGAUGUUUUGGGUACGCAGCAUAUCGGAACAGUUUCGAUUCCGGUCGAGCAGAUAUAUGGAGGAGGAAAUAUUAAUGGUUCUUUUCCGAUUCUUAACCCUAGCGGCAAGCCAUGCAAGAACGGUGCUGUUUUGAAACUUUCGAUACAGUACUAUCCGAUAGAGCAGUUGAGUAUAUACCAUUAUGGGAUUGGGGCGGGCCCCGAUUAUCCAGGAGUUCACGGUACUUAUUUUCCUCUUAGGAGAGGUGGGAAAGUUACCCUUUAUCAAGAUGCUCAUGUGCCAGAUGGAGUCUUACCGAAUCUGAUGCUUGAUAAUGGGACGAAUUAUGCGCAUGGUAAAUGCUGGAGGGAUAUUUUUGAGGCGAUACGUAAUGCUCGGAGAUUGAUUUAUAUUACGGGUUGGUCUGUAUGGCAUAAAGUUAGGCUCGUUAGAGAUGAUAAUUCUCUUUCGGAUUACACUUUAGGCGAGCUUUUGAAGUCGAAAUCGCAGGAAGGUGUUAGGGUUUUGCUUCUUGUUUGGGAUGAUCCUACGUCGAGAAGUAUAUUGGGCUACAAAACUGAUGGAGUUAUGCAAACUCACGACGAAGAAACUCGUCGUUUUUUCAAACAUUCCUCUGUUCAAGUGCUGCUUUGUCCUCGAGUGGCUGGAAAGCGUCACAGCUGGGUUAAGCAGAGGGAAGUUGGAGUUAUAUAUACACACCAUCAAAAAACCGUAAUAGUAGAUGCAGAUGCUGGUAAUAACCGAAGAAGCAUAAUCUCUUUCCUAGGUGGACUCGACUUGUGUGAUGGGCGAUACGAUACACCUCAGCAUCCCAUAUUUCGAACACUCCAAACUUUGCACUCGGAUGACUAUCAUAACCCUACUUAUACAGGGAAUGUUAUUGGCUGUCCUAGAGAGCCAUGGCACGAUUUGCAUUGUAAAAUUGACGGGCCCGCAGCGUACGAUGUGCUGUCCAAUUUCGAGGAGCGGUGGCUUAAGGCUUCAAAGCCACACGGAAUAAAAAAAUUAAAAAUGUCGUACGAUGAUGCUUUGCUCAGAAUAGAAAGGAUGCCUGAAAUAUUGGGCUUGUCUGAUGCUCCUUGUAUAACCGACAGUGAUCCGGAGAGUUGGCAUGUGCAGGUGUUUCGUUCGAUUGAUUCGAAUUCGGUCAAAGGUUUUCCGAAGGAUCCUAAAGAUGGUACAAAGAGGAAUUUGGUGUGUGGGAAGAAUGUACUUAUAGAUAUGAGUAUACAUACGGCAUACAUAAAGGCCAUACGCGCUGCACAACAUUUCAUAUACAUUGAGAAUCAGUACUUCAUUGGGUCCUCGUAUAACUGGAAUCAGUACAAGGAUGUUGGUGCUAAUAAUUUGAUUCCAAUGGAAAUCGCGUUAAAAAUUGCCGAAAAAAUUAGAGCCCAUGAAAGGUUUGCUGCUUAUAUUGUCAUUCCAAUGUGGCCGGAAGGUAAUCCAACCGGUGCAGCUACUCAGAGGAUUCUAUUUUGGCAGCACAAAACCAUGCAAAUGAUGUACGAAACUAUUUACAAAGCUUUAGUGGAAGUUGGGCUCGAAGACGCUUACUCACCGCAAGAUUAUUUGAAUUUCUACUGCCUCGGAAAUCGUGAGGCUGUUGACCUCAACGACUUUCCCGAUAAUCAAUCUGCAGCAAACACUCCUCAAGGACUUAGUAGGAAAAAUCGAAGAUUCAUGAUAUACGUACAUUCGAAAGGUAUGAUAGUCGAUGAUGAGUAUGUAAUUAUAGGGUCGGCAAAUAUUAAUCAAAGAUCAAUGGAGGGUACUCGAGACACGGAGAUUGCGAUGGGAGCCUAUCAACCUCAUCACACGUGGGCUAAAAAACUAUCAAGUCCACAAGGGCAGAUAUAUGGAUAUAGGAUGUCAUUAUGGGCCGAGCAUAUCGGGCUUUUGGAGGAUUGCUUUACAAGGCCCGAGUCGGUGGAGUGUGUACGACGUGUGAGAACAAUGGGGGAAGCUAAUUGGGAGCAAUUUGCAUCGAACGAGGUGUCGGAAAUGAGGGGACACCUAUUGAAAUACCCGGUGGAUGUUGAUCGAACGGGUAAAGUGAAGCCCCUACCCGGAUCCGAAACGUUUCCCGACGUGGGUGGGAAUAUUGUCGGGUCAUUCCUUGCUAUACAAGAAAAUUUGACUAUCUAACUUGCGAAAUGGAUCGGCAUGUUUUUUUUUUCUUUGUGUGUGUGUGUAUAUUUUUUGGGAGGAGAAAAGUAUUGAUGAUUGUGUGGUAGGAAUUGUAAAUAAUUUUUUUUUAACUGGAUGUAUAGUGUAGAUGUGGAAUAUAAUAGCAUCUCAGAAGUUGAAAUUUAUGUAAAGAGUGACAACUUUUUGGUUUGGUUAAGUACCGUAAAUUGAUAUCGUUGACGCUUUAGCUUAA